AUCGCAAGUGGUACGUACAAGGAAACACUGGUCGAGACGCUGUUAAAUCAGAGCGUACUGAUGCCCUUUAUUCCGUAACAGUAAGGUUUCAUAAACUUAGUGGGUUGUAUCUGUCGCUUGGAACAAAGUGUCGUUACCCUAAGUCAACUAAACAUGCUGUGUCACUGGGCUUGUGAAGUGUCUUUGCAGCUGUAAACGGGAAGUGUUUCCUCAGACUCUGAGGAUGAAGAUAGCUGUGCUGGGGGCCACUGGCCAGACGGGCCAAUACUUGGUGACCGAGGCCCUGCAGCAAGGACACGCUGUCACAGCCAUAGUCAGAAACCCAGGGAAACUCACAGUGCAUCAUGAGCAGUUAAAGGUUGUUGAGGGGGACAUUUUCUCAGAGGACAGCCUUAAGCAGCACUUUCAAGGACACGAUGCUGUUAUCUCAUGCCUCGGCUUCCCUCCGUCCGUCCUCUACGGUGUCACGGGCUACACCCUCUCCAUGAGGGCGAUGGUUAAAGCCAUGCGCGAGGCCAAAGUCAACCGCAUCAUAACCAUGACCUCGUGGUACACUGAGCCCGAAUCAGGCUUGCGGGCAUCUUACCUCAUCCGCUUCCUCCUGCUGCCAAUGAUCCGGAGUGUUCUCAGUAACAUGUUUGAGAUGGAGCACUACCUGAAGAAGACAGAGGAGGUCAACUGGACUGUGGUUCGACCCCCUGGGCUUAAGAAUCUACCUGCCACAGCCAAAGAGUUCCUAACCCACGAGGGGUACUUUGUCCCUGACUCCAAUGGACUACCCGUAGGAACUGCUGUUGCCAGGGGUGAUGUUGCUCGCUUUAUGCUCUCACUGCUCAACAGUAAUGCCUGGUUCAAGAAGGGCGUUGCCAUAACAACUAAAUAAGCCAUCUUGUUCUGCCUUAAGAAGUAAAUGCACUAAAUUAUGUGUUCAAAUAUAGAUAUAUCAGAUUUAACUUGAAUGUGCUUUUGGCUUUGCCUUUGCCUUGUUUACUUUGUUCUUAACAUUUUGUGCUAUCCACUUGUAAUUAUUUGUGUUUAUGCUCAUUUUAAUAAAAAUAAAAUUUUAUAUUUUGUAUUUGCAGAACUAGCUCUACAA